AUGUAUCAUUUAAUUACCAUAAUAAUAAACGAAUCCACCACUAUCCAGUCGUCCGAUUCUUAUAAACACUGUGUGGGAUGCAGUAGCCCUGCUUUGGACGUACAGUAUAAGUCGACCUCCAAAAGUGAAAUGCAAUUACAAAGUAAAGCCUCCAAGAAAGAAAUUCGAAAACCAAGCUGCACAUCUAGUGAACGUGUUAUCGAUACUUGUGGUCAAGAUAACGGAAAUGGAGGAGAAUCCGUUCGCUCAACCAGCCACGAUAAAUUUAACAUUUUCCACUCGGAGGAACAACAUUAUCUUUUCGGAGCAUCAAUUCGUGACGAGUGGGGAACGACGAAAGAAGAGAGGAGACAGUUAUUCGAAAUGAACAAGGGGCCAGCAAAGAGGAGAGAAGAAAACUACCCGAAAUCGCCGUGCUACUUUGUACUCCCGGACAGUACGCCUAAAUGGAAAUGCAAUUGCUCCAUGCCUUCAGUGUCAAACCGUGAUAGAUUCGACUCAUAUGGCAAUAAUCCGUCCGUGGUAGUCGAAAUGAUCGCGAAUGAGUCGGACCGUUACCGUAUUGCAACCUCUCUUGAUAUACAGAUACAGAACUAUUGUUAUGAACGUGUGUUUAGAUGGGACUCUAUGAAUGGUCUAUUACUGUUUUUCGGGAAAUUUUUCAAAGCAGUAUCAGAGAAGUCUUGUGAAGAAGCAGCAUGGAUGGUAUCAGGAGACAGAACUGUAUGGGAAUUUGAUGAAUCGGAAGAAUGCAAUUCUCGCCUUGUAAAAGAUAAGAAAGAAGGCAAGAAAAAGAAUCAAAAAAAGCGUCGUUGA